AUGGCCCAGGCUGACGCCGCCACCGCUUCAGAGCCUGCGAACGCCAGCGCAGCGACAGCGACCCCGAAGAAGGCUGCUUCAGCGCCCGAGAAGAAGUACAAAUGCCAAUAUUGUAAUCGAGCCUUCAGCAGAAGUGAACACCGCAGUCGACACGAACGAUCGCACACGAAGGAACGUCCCUUCAAGUGCCAGAAAUGUCGUAGCACCUUCGUCCGUCGCGAUCUGCUCUUACGCCACGAUAGGACCGUCCAUGCAAAGGAUGGCGGUGUACCCCUUCAAUCUGAAGGCAGAAAGAGAACGGGAACAGGCGCAGGGACGAAGACGACGCCCUCAACGGCCGCUACGUCCAAGCCUUCAAUAAGUCUUGAACCGGGGACUUUGGAGCAGAUAGAGGCUAGCAGCGAUGGUAUGCUCGACCUUGAAACUGCCGCCAUGUUGAUGACAGACUUCCAACACAAGGCGGCAGCAGCAGCAUCAGUAAACGGCCACGUUCAGAACGGCGAGAGCGCAAUCCCCGACUACUCUCCAGAUCGAAGCUCGCUUCUCGAAUCGUCAGACUAUCUCGCCGGUCCUAACGGUCUCCCACACAUGCCUUGGGACACCUUUAUGCCUCACGGCCCGUCAGAACCGAAAGCGCAUUCCAUGUCGAGCAUUUCGUCGCAAGAUAACCUUUCACAGCCUCCUUUCGUUCACAUGGGAUCGAUACAACCGCAUCAGUCUCAGUUGCCGCCCAUCAUGGAACGACAAACCUCCUUGGGUAGUUCACUGCCGCCAACAUUCCACUCUUUGCCCGACACCUUCCCGGUCUCGGGGACGCCGACACCCAAUGCACUCUCUCCCUUUCCCUCGAUGACAGGGCCUGUAUCGCCAGUGAACUAUCGCAAGUCUCCUGGGCCAGCCCAACCCCUUUCCUUACCCAAAGCUCCGCAGUUGAACAAUGAUGACGAGAGAGCUAUCAUUGCUAACCAGCUAGGUGGAGAUAUCACCCUGCCUUCCCUACCCUCAAUGAACCUAUAUUUGACCACCUACUUCAAUCUCUUUCAUCACCACAUGCCCUUCCUGCACCCUGUCACCUUUCGUCCUGAAAAUUGUCAACCGGCACUUCUACUUGCUAUCCUGUCCAUCGGCGCUCUGUACAAUUUCGAACAGGAACAAGCCUACCUACUGCACCAUGGUUCUAAGAAACUUGUCAACCAAUUUCUCCAGAAUAAGGACAACUUUGAUUCUCGAAAGUGCCCUCUCUGGACUAUGCAAAGUACUUUACUGAACAUGGUCUUCGAAAGCUGGAGUGGUGGCUCACAAGGCCUCGAAUGGGCUUGUUCUAUCAAGAGCUUGCUCGCCAAUAUGGUCGCGGGCAAUAAGUACGAAUUGAAGUUGCGUAUCGAUGGUCGCGCUGGCGCACCUCCGACACAUGAUCAGUGGGUCAAUGAAGAGGGUUGUCGGCGCACUUAUUAUGCCGUCUAUAUCUUCUUCGGCAUGCUGACUCUAACAUACAACCACACUCCGGCUAUCAGCUUCAACGAGUUCGAUACAUUGCCACUGCCUUCUUCCGAGUCGUUAUGGAAUAUUGAGCCUGCAGACGAGGACUCCUGGCAAGAUAUUUUCGCAGCCUCUCCCACCAUUACUGUUCGAGAAGCAUACGACAGUCUCUUUCAAGGAGAUGCCGCCAGAUACAGUGCUUUUGCAACUCGAGUGAUGAUCAAUGCAUUGUUCCUAGAGGUCUGGAAUCUGCGAAGAAGUUUCGAAUCGCUGCAGGAUGUGGUUCUGGAAUGGAAGAUUCGCAUUGCUUUAGAAACGUGGGAACGAUCACUGGAUCUGUGCGAGCCUGAAAUCAUCGUUGUUCCUCUCAGCACACCCCACAAAAGCCACCCUCUGAUCUUCAACUCGAUGGCUGUGUACCGCAACACCCGUGCCUUCCUCGAAGUCGAUCUCAAAGAUGUCCAAGAAGCGUUGCGAUACCACAACUCGUAUGAGAUUGCCGGCGCCAUGUCGUCGGCGCGCGACAAUGUCAAGAGAACCAAAGAAAUGAUCAAGGUUGUCGAACAAUGCUACGAGUGCAUGGAAAUCGUUGCCAUGCAGGGUAUCAAUUGGGUCACCAAGACAUCAUCUACCAAUUGGAGUAUUGAACAUCCUCUUUGUGGACUGGAUCUCAUUACCAUAUUAAGCCUAUGGCUGUAUCGCAUUGAGCAUGAUGAUCAAGAAGCCACUGAUGAAGAGCUUGCCAUGUAUAUGAGAGUACGUGGAUUAUUCGAUGAUGACGCCGUGGACGCGAACGGAUCACGUCUCAGCUCCACGGUGGCUCGUGUCUGGGGCUCAAUGCUGGACGGUGUGGUUGUUUGGGGCAUCUCAAAAACCAUGGGCGAGUCAUUCAAACUACAUUCCCAAGCUUUGAUUGGUUAUGUCGAUGAGCUCUCAUUAGACCAUGUCACGGGAAUGCAAGUCGACCAGAACCUUAUGGACAUGGCAACGACAUACUGA